AUGGGGGUUGAUGAUUUUUUAAUCCCUCAUAGAGGUAGCACCACCGACUCCUUCUCAACCAACCAUAGCCGAGUUGAGUGCCCAGAUGGCUCAGCUCCUACAUAUGCAAACUUUGGCCCCGAAUCUGAUCCUGAAUCAGGAUCCUAUUUUGACAACCCCGACCCCGACCUCGACUAUGACAACGACGACCCCAACUCCGACUCCGACAAUGACCCCGACCCCCACUCCGAUUAUGACCCCGACCCCGACCCCAAAUUUGCUACUCUUAAAGAUCGAGGACAACGCAAUACGACCAGUAAUGGUACUGGUUAUGGAUUCCAUAAUUCCACUAAGAUUGAUUUCAUGGGCUGGAUAAUUGAUUCCGGUGGAACUGAUCAUAUAACGUUUGAUCCUCAUGAUUUUCUGAAUACUACACAACCUCGACAAACUUGUAUUGCAAAUGUCAAUGGAGUUACUUAUCCUGUGACAGGAGCUGGCACUGUUGAACUCUCAUUCUCUCUCUCACUGUCUAAUACUUUACUUGUUCCAUCUUUAUCCAAUAAAUUGUUGUCAGUUAGUCAGCUUACUGAACAAUUGAAUUAUUAUGACUUCAAUCCCGGCGUGGCUAACAAUGUGAUGCAUCCCUUUGAUAACAAACAACAGCAAAUCUGGUUAUGGCACCGUCGAUUGGGACAUCCUUCUUUUAGUUAUAUGAAGCAUCUUAUACCAUAUUUAUUCUCAAGUUUCAAGGACUCUGACUUCACAUGCGAUACUUGUAUUUUGGCCAAGAGUCACCGUGUGCCCCACCCGUUGAGUACGAACAAGUGUACUACUCCAUUUACAUUAAUUCACUCUGAUGUCUGGGGACCUUUACCUAUCACUGCUCCUUCUGGUGUUCGAUGGUUUGUCACAUUCGUAGAUGAUUAUACACGGAUGACAUGGCUUUAUUUGCUGAAGAAUAAAAAUGAAAUGUUUUCCCGUUUUCAGUCCUUCCACAAACAAAUGAAAACUCAGUUUAAUGCUCAAAUCCAGAUUCUUCGCUCAAACAAUGGUGAAGAAUUUGUCAAUCACAACUUUCAAACUUACUUCCAACAACAUAAAAUUAUCCAUGAGACGACUUGUCCUCAGACACCGCAACAAAAUGGUGUUGCUAAACGAAAGAAUCGUCAUCUUCUUGAAACCGCCUUAUCACUUCUAAUUGGCGCUCAUGUUCCUCGCCAUCACUGGGAUGAUGCUAUUGUCACCACAGUUCACCUGAUCAGCCGCAUGCCUUCUGGUGUAUUGACCUUUAAAAUUCCCUUACAGAAAGGCUACCGGUGUUAUCACCCUAUUACCCGACGUACCUAUGUCACUUUGGAUGUGACCUUUCUAGAAUCUGAGUUGUUCUUCCAUAACCCAUCAUCCAAUUCUACGCUUCAGGGGGAGCUACAAAGUGAAGAGCAAAAUUCGAGCAACUUGAAAAACGAAGAAAUUCUCCUCUGUACAGAAAUGAUCGAUCGUCCCAAGUCUGGAGCACGAGAUUACUCUCUACCAAAAAGCGAUCAAUCACCCAUUCAUAGCAAUCAAUUGUCUGACCCACCUGAUCCAUGCGAAGAUAUUUCUGUUCCGAAGGAUAAAACUAUAGGAUAUCAAUUACCUUUCAGGCAAAAUCGUGGGAAGCCACCAAACCGUUAUUCACCUGAUAUUGGCAAAACAUCCAAGUAUCCAAUUGCAAAUCAUGUAUCCACUGAGAAGCUGUCUGAACCACUCAAGGCUUUUGUGCAUCAGUUGUUUGCUAUCCAUAUUCCAACUAAGGUCUCUGAAGCAUUGAAAGAUCCUAAAUGGGUGUUUACUAUAAAACACAAUGCAGAUGGAUCUAUCGAGCGAUACAAGGCAAGACUUGUGGCAAAAGGGUACACACAGACCUAUGGUAUAGAUUAUGAAGAAACCUUUGCUCCAGUUGCAAAGUUAAACACCGUCAGAAUCUUAUUGUCCCUUGCAGCUAAUUUGGAUUGGCCACUACACCAGUUUGAUGUAAAGAAUGCUUUUCUACAUGGCGAACUCACGGAGGAGGUGUACAUGGACAUUCCUCUUGGAUAUAAUACUACUCAUACUAGAACAGUUUGCAGGUUACGAAAAGAAUUGUAUGGAUUGAAACAGUCACCAUGUGCAUGGUUUGGAUGGUUCACCAUGGCAAUGAAGAACAAUGGUUUUGAACAAUGCAACUCAUAUCAUACUCUGUUCUUGAAACAUCGGAAAGGGAAGGUAACAGCAUUAAUAAUCUAUGUUGGUGAUAUGAUUAUUACUGGGAAUGAUAAACAUGAAAUAUCACAACUACAAGACUAUUUGGCUACUGUUUUUGAGAUGAAAGAUGUAGGUGGACUCAAGUAUUUCUUAGGAAUUGAGGUGGCUCGAUCGCAACAAGACAUAUUUCUCUCUCAAAUGAAAUAUGUCUUGGACUUGUUGACAGACACAGGAAUGCUAGAUUGCAAACCUGCGGACACUCCUAUUGUUCAGAAUCAUCAUCUUGGAGAAUAUCCAUAUCAAGUUCCAACUAACAAAGAAAGAUACCAAAGGUUAGUGGGAAGAUUGAUCUAUUUGUCACAUAAUCGACCAGACAUUGCUUAUGCGAUUGGGCAGGCUGCUAUAGCUAUUGCACAGAAUCCGGUUCAGCAUGAUCGUACUAAACAUGUUGAGGUGGAUCGACACUUCAUCAAACAGAAACUUGAGUCUAAAGUGUUUCAGUUUCCUUUUGUGAAAUCCGAGGAUCAAUUGGCGGAUAUUUUGACAAAUGCAAUUUCCAGUAAAGCAUUCCACAAUUCAUUGGAUCAGUUAGGCAUUGUCAACAUCUAUGCACCAAUGUGA